GCUCUCUCCCGCCAUCGCGACACACCCUUCGACCCCCAACACUCUAACCUCGCCUUUUGAAAUGCCCCCAUCAAUCCGAGCUCGUCCUACGACGACGUCGCGGCCUGUUCGCUCAGCGACUAGAACCAAAACGAACACUACCACCCCGGACGAUCUAGCAGAUGAAGUCGCAAACAAACUCACUAUCAAAGAUUCGCGAACAACCAAAGGCAAAGCGAAGGAAACCAUUGCGCCACCCACUGCUGAGGAGCGUCGAGCCAGUGCAAUGCGUACUAUCAACACCGUAUCCAGGAGUCUAUCCGAGAUAGUGACGGGCGGCGGUCCUGCAAAGAAGGGCCAGAAAGCUGCACACGAGCAUGCUAACUUGGCUUGCGAUGCUCUACGAGCUCUGAGACAGCUGAACCCUGGGGAUGUGGAUACUGAACGUGCAGCAUCGAGCAUUGCUGGUAAACUGGUUUCGCUGGAAAUGGAUGUCGCAGCCGUGCAAAUUUUGACCGAUAUGCAGCCAGCGCUGACUUCCCUCUACGCACGCAACGACGUGCCGUCCGCCGAGCCCUUGCCUCCUCAGCUACUAGCUCUGCCUCUUCCGCCACGGGACGUGCAGGUUCCCGAGGUCUUUCUCACCCUCAUAGCUACCUUUCUACUCCACUCCAUGAUUUUGCUGUCUCGUCGAACGGACCAGCUACCCGCGAUGCUCACCAUGCUACACGAUUCCUCCAUACCGACCCUCUUCGUUUGGGCACCGCACUUCAACGCUCUGCCCGCUAAGCAUCACGACUCACUCUUCACGCGCACUUAUACGGCGAUGUCGAAGGCAGCUUCUAUACCUGGUCUGGCAAUGCAGCACGCAUUCUCUCUGCGGAUGUACGCCCUGGAAUGCCUCGUACUGACGCGUCCUGGAGUCGUCGUUCCCGCGACAUUCUGGGAGCAAGCAGUCAAAUGGGCCAGGUUUCACGCAGCUGAGCCCAUUACUGGCGACGAAUCUCGGAUACAGCAUAUUCUACAAUCGAUUUGUCACUUGGUGCACUCAGUUGGGCAGCGUCAAGAUCCCGCACCUUUCCUCGAUAGCCCGGGGUUCUCGAAAUUCUGCGAAGUUUGGGUUCUGUGGGCUCAGCAGAUGGGUGAUAUCGAAGCAAUUGACCGUAUCAUGCAACUCAGGCAGAGGAAGGGCUUUGAUGCGGGGUCCUCAUCGUUCUCCUCAACUAUUACUAUCGCAGCAUCAGAAACUGCAGCAAGCGUCGCAGAUGCCGCAACAGUAUGCAUGGCGUUGACGCAAGCGACCGCUGUCUUUGAGCGAUGGGCUGAGUGCCUUCCGCAGGACCGUGCUGCUCGCCUUGACGCAGCAAUCGCAGCCGUCCAUAACGCGGAUCCGCUUAUAGGUGGGCACGGCGACGACGAGACCCUACGCGCGCGGCACAAAGUUCACCGGGCUCUCGAGCGGUUGAGGAGGACGAUCAUCAAAGUGCUUGAGCCCACCGCUCAAGAGAACGCCGCCAAUGCAUCUCUUCCGGAAGACGCAAGGUCGGGGGCACGCAAGGUCCUGCAGUUGAUUAGUCAACUGUUGUUGGACGCGGUGCGCGAGAAUGUCGAGAAUGACACAGCGACAGUGGUCGAUUCCGACCUUGCGACCCCGGCUCUGGAGACGUUACUUGUCCUGGCGCGCACGUCCCUGAUUAUUCGAAACCCCGACACUUAUGCGACUGCUUGGGAUGUGCUCCAGCAAGCCAAAGCGUUCGUGUUCCAACACGUGGUCGGAUGUGGGUCGCACGCUGCGACCACGACAGCCGAAGUCAUCCUCGAUGUAAUUCGACAUCCUCACGAGAAGAGCGCGCAUGACCAGGUUGGCUGGACGCCAGAGACGACGGCUACUCUGGCGAACUACACGCGCUGCGUCGCCGGCGCGUUCCACAACGUCGCGGGCACACUUUGUCAGGCAGAUAGGAUUUCGCAUGCGGUCAGGUUCUUGAACGAAGGAUGUGCGCUGGGGAAGCUCGCACUUGCCAUGCACCGGACGGCGAUCGAGGACGCGCGUGAGGAAGGCCAAUCGGGUACACACGAUAAGGAGGGGUGGAAGCAGCUCGAGGAGCAGCUAUGGCACCGGUGGGAGAUCCUGGGUGUAUGUCAGGCCAAGACCGGUGAUCGCAAACUUGCGUUCGAGGCGUUUGUGGAGGCGAUCAAGAUCUUCCCGCUAGACAUAGCUUCUUUGGGUGAAGAACUCGGGUCGUCAACCGCAUCCGCUGUUUUUGAAGCCUCCCCGCCUCUGCAGCAGCUGGGAAAGAUCUUGGACAGAGUCACUUACAUGGGCGCAUGCGAGCUCUUCCUUGAGCUCGAUGUCAUCUCCGCUAAACACUGGUACCCUGUCGCACUCGGCUCCCCUUCCCCGAAUGCAGCCUCUCAGCACAAGGCACUCGUCGGCGCUCUGCUCGAGCGCCAAGUCGCUAGUCUGGAAGGGAGUAGAUGGAAGAAAGGCGUCGAUCGUAUCGUGCAACAACUGCUUCGCCACGCUCUUGCUGUCUACGAGGCCGCUCUCUUCCCUGUCAGAAGGGCAAGGAUUAUCCUACAACUGUUGGAAGUGUCGUACUACACCAGGGAUGAGCGCGACAGCGGGAAAGUCCUGGGUAUGUCUGCCGAAGACGUCGGCACUCAAGUACGAGCCCUGUUGAGUUGCCAAGAUCCAAGCUGUGACAAAGGCUUUGCAGAUAUCCGCACUGGACUACUCGCGACAUCAUAUCUAUGGCUCGCACUACAUGCCCACCGAUACAUGGGAGUCGAUGCUGCUUUCACCACGAUUGCUCGACAUGCCAACGAAGCGUGUAAGAUACUCAAGAGCAUGGUUCAACAGGCACAUCGGCUGUCAGUCGAUCGGCAGUCCCUUGGGCAAGUGAAGCCCCCUUCCAAGGUAUUGCGAGCCGCAGCGAAGAAACCGGUGAAGCGGGUGGUUAGUACGACCAGGCCACGUAGUGGAAUCCCGAGAACGACCAGAGCAACGAGAGGGCAAGCAGCAGAGCCACCGGUCACACCUAGGCCUCGCAGAGCGCUGAACGACAUCUCAUUGAACGCCACAGUUCAGGUCUCACAGGAGGUCAUCCCUGUCAAGGCUGGCCUGUCCAUCACGAUUUUCGACAACCUACCUGCCACAGUAACCUUAAUCCAAAUGGUCGCGCAACUAUCUGGAAUGCUGGGACAUAUCUUCGUCAAAGUGCAGUUGCUCGGUCUUGCGAGACGGCUGAGCGAACAGUGCGCAGGUGAUACUUGCCGAGAGUACUUAGCGACUUCGAUCGAACUUGCAUACGAGUAUUCCCAGCUAGGCCGGGCAAACAAAGCGCUCUCGAUAUACUCGCAUGCACUCCAAACUCCAAGGACAGAAUCAGAUUCAGAGAUCCGGGCACUUCUUUAUUUGCGCUACGCUGAGUCGCUAGCUGCUGCUGGACAAGUGCUGCAAAGUGCCAGCACAUAUUGUGAAGCGAUGGCCCUUGUCGAUGCUCUGUCUACCACAGAAGAGAAAGCUGUCACGACGUUAGAGAAGGUCCGCUUGCGAGUAAGCACCCUUGAGCGGGCGGCACUUGCUGCUCGUGCAUUCGCCAUGAUCCAGCACGCGAGGGAUGACCCGUCAACGUCUCUCGAUGGCCUUCUCCAGUCUCUCCGCCUAUGGAACCGUGCCAUGGAGACCAUCUCACGACUUCGUCCGUCACCACCCAAGGAGCCCCAAUCAGAACCCGAUAAUCCCUUCGAGGUGAAGAAGGACGACAGCGCUCCCUCGGACCCAAGUCGGCCAAAGCCACUUGACGAAAAAGCAAUCGCGGACCAGCUUGCUUCUCAGAAGGCGUUCCAGCGGAGGCAGUUCAUGGACGGCACUGAGUGGAGACUCGCCGAGGGCCUCCUGGUGACCAUCUUCGCUUUGGUUAAGGCGUAUUACGCCCGUGGCUCUCCUAGGGAGGCGGACUACUUCAUCCAGCAGGCGAGCGCGCUUGCGCACUCGUUGAACGCGCCUGCCAUGAUCGGCCGCGCAUUGGCUAGACAAGGGGAGAUCUCAUUGCGGCUCGGCCGCCUAGAGGAGGGUUGCAAGUUCCUGAUGGAGGCCGCUAAGCUCAUGAGCAAUGUGUGCGGCCCCGAUGCAGUCGACAUCCAUCGCCUCAGAGGUGACUACAGCUUGAAGAACGCGGACGAGCAGACUGCACAGCAGCUCUACACGGAAGCUACCGCAAUGCUUGACGAGCUCGGCAAGAUGUUCUCUGGACUCGAUACCAACGCGCUCAGGAAGUCACUGAACGCAGCAACGCGGAGAGCUUCUGUCCCGGAGUAUCAAGACGCCGAUGGCGCGUUAGCACCGGCGCUGCUCGCCGCAGUUUUGCGUCAACAUAUCACGCUACUUCGCGAUGCCGGCGAAGAUUACAACGCAUUGCUACAGCGCUUCUCAGCUCUGCCGCCCACAUCGGAAACGACAGCGGAGGGGAGCGUUCUCACAGCGAAGCUGACACUCGAUGAUGUUUUCUCCCAGUUCCGAGCUGAUAUGUUCUUGAGCUCCCUAGCCGAGUCCGCUAUCAUGAUCCCCAUGGGCAUCUCCAGUGACCGGGUUCUCGGCACUAACACCGUCCUGCGGGAGAUACUGAACACCUUGUCCGCGGCGGAACGCUCCCUCAGGUCUGACCUGAGCCUCAUCGCUCACCGCGGGAAUGUCGCAAGCGUGCGAGACACUGCCAUAUCUCUCGCCUUGAUCAGUGCGCUCCAGUCGUCCCUCGGUAAUGGCUCUACGGAGGUCUCCCACUUGGUAGCGCGCCUGAUAGAUAUGUCCACGUCAAUCACUUUGCGCCGCGAGAUGCUUGAGGCAAUCAAGCACAAGUUCGUCGACUGUAUGAACGCCGAUGACCUACAGCCCCCGCGAAUCACACUGAACGGCACUCCCAUACCACAUGUAGAGGCGCCGAAGCCGUCAAGACGUAAUCUCAUCAUUGACCCAGAGGACGAGCCCGAACAGAUAAUUCCCGACAGCACAGCCUCGCUCAAGGAGUACUGGAAAGCUGUGGCUGUCCGGUACCAGUCAAGCAUCUUCGAUGAGUCCGGGCAGUCUGCCACUGGCCGCCCGCCUUUGCCCAAGAACUGGUCCGUCAUCAACAUCAGCGUGACUGAAGACAAGAACAUGCUGUUCGUAUCCCGCCAACGAACUGGCCGAGAGCCCCUGGUGUUCUGCUUGCCACUUCGCGGUCGGCGCGAGGACGAAGAGGACCAGCGUCUCACCUUCAGCGAUGCCAUGGACGAGCUCAAGGAGAUUAUGAGACUCAACGACGAGGGCACAAGAGGCGCAGCCAACGUCAAGAAGAACGACCGGGCUGCGCGAGCUGCAUGGUGGGCUGCGCGGGGCGCGCUCGACCAGCGCCUGCAGGACCUCCUGGGCAACAUCGAGUUCUGCUGGUUCGGCGCGUUCAAGACGGUGCUGAACGCGCCCGUACAGACGCGGGCGGAGGACAUGAACGCGCUGCGCUCGCGGAUCGACGCGCUCUUCGCGGCGAGCCUCGUCGCGCACGCGCGGGACCGCAAGACGCACCAGCACGCGCGCGCGCGGCUCGACGACGCGCUGCUCGAGUGCUUCGCGGCGCUCCCGCAGGACUGCCGUGACGAGGAGCUCGAGGACCUCGCCUACUUCGUGCUCGACCUGUAUCAGUUCCACGGCGUUCCCGUCGCGAUGGCGGAGGUGGACGUGGACCAGGUCGUCGUGGACCUCCGGAGCGCGCUCGAGGAGCAUAGGGCGCGCACGGGCGGCCGGAGGGUCCCCGUGCGCGACCAUCAUACGUUCUUGGUGCUCGACAAGAAUGUGCAGGGUAUCCCGUGGGAGAGCUUGCCUAUCCUGAGGGGGCAGAGCAUCAGUCGGAUCCCGAACAUGGACUUCUUGAUCGACAGGCUCGAGCUCGCUAGACAACAGAGGGACGCGCGGGGCCAGGAUAGUGAGCGCGUCGUAGACCGCAUCAACAUCGACCCGAGGAAGGCGUACUAUGUGCUCAAUCCGAGCGGGGACCUGAAGAACACGCAGGAGCGGUUUGCAGACUGGGCGAAGGGCAUGCGCGCGGUGGGGUGGGACGGUAUCAUCGGGAGAGUUCCGAGCGAGCAGCAGGUCGUAGACGCACUGACGCGUAAUGACUUGGUGGUAUAUUUCGGACACGGAGGCGCGGAGCAGUACAUACGUUCGCUGAAGAUCAGGCACCUCCCUCGGUGCGCUGCCACCAUGCUCUGGGGUUGUUCGUCAGGCGCGCUCAGAGACAUGGGAGACUUCGACCGUACGGGGACACCUUAUAACUACAUGCUGGCCGGAUGUCCCACACUGAUUGCGAACCUGUGGGACGUAACCGACCGCGAUAUCGACAAGUUCUCGCAGGCGGUUUUCGACGAGUUGCACCUCACUCCCGAGGGCGUUACUAGGCCGCGGUCGGAUGCGAAGUCUGUCGUGACUGCCGUUGCCCAGGCGAGGGAUUCUUGCAAACUGAAAUACCUGACGGGUGCGGCGCCGGUUGUUUAUGGCAUCCCUUUCUAUCUAUAGACGGCGCGGUGUUCUUUUCGAAUUCGUUGCUGCUUAGACAAUUCACGAGCAUGUACAGCAUAUAUCCCGCAUUUCACUUCUUGUUUUUUUUACUCGCUGCAUGAGGACGAUAUAGCAAUGGAAGUCAUGUUCCUCUGUAUG